AGAAGCCCUUCAGCCCUUCACUGCUUCACAGCAACCUGAUUCACCUCUUCCGAAGUGGCUUUUGAGUCUUCGAGAAUUCGACUUUUCCACAGUAGCUUGCUUGUGCCGUGCGAGAUUCAACUCCACUUCCACCCUCUAGUGCGGCUGCUCAUCCUUAUUCCUAUGCUCCUGCUUAUUUAAGCCUGCAGCGUCCUUUAUUGCUCAUAUUUGCUCACAGUGAAGUGGCCGACAAAUAUAUCAUUCCCUUGUAAAAAGGUUAAAGUUCUUGUUAAUCCCAAGCAUGUGGGUGACAUGUCAUUUGUUUUAAUUUGGAAUAGAGUUUCUCUUUAAUCCCAGGCAUGUGGGUGACAUGCCAUUUGUUUUAAUUUGGAAUACAAUUUUUAUUUAAUCCCAGGCAUGUGGGUGACAUGCCCUUUGUUUUAAUUUUCCUUAGAUAACUAAAAUUGUUCUGCUUACUUAGGUUAUAAACGUAAUGGCCCAUCAUCAACCACCACCUAAAAGAGGGAAAACUCUAUUUUCCUUCUUUAAAAAGAAAUAUGGUAUUCCUGAUGAUCAACAAAAUGCAGCAGCACAAACUUCAAUUCUUAAUUUGCGCACUUCUGAAACUGUUGUGGUUGAAAGUUCAAUUCCUAAUGUGCACACUAUAGACACGACUUCUUUUCAACAAGAUCCAGGCUUACGUAUCCCAAUUAAUGAUUAUCCAGUUAAUCAACGAGAUGAGAUUAGACGUAAAUAUCUAAAUGCAGGGCCUUUUCAACCAAAACUUUCUGAGUAUCCUGGGACAGAAGUUGGGGACCAGCAUCGCCGAUUUCAGUAUGUUUGGUACAAACAAUUUUCACGGUUGGAGUAUUCUCCUUCUAAAUAGGUGUAAUGUCGUAAAUAACUCUAAAAAAAUUUUCAGGGGCGCUACCCCCGAACCCCCAUCAACUUCUAGUAGCCCCCUCAACUCCAAUUCCUGGUUCCGCCCUUG